AUGCCGCCCAAACGCGCCGCAAAGACGGCCGCCCGUGUCGCGCCUGCCGACAAGAAGACACCACCCACCAGAGCCACACGAUCGCGUGUGCAGAAGAUGACUCCACCUCGAGAAGAGCAGCCAGAAGUCAGCAGUGUUACGCGCAGCACUAGGUCGCGAAAGUCUACAACCACCGAACAAGAUGCACCCGCACAAGAUGAACCAGCACAAGAUGAAGAAGAGGAAGAGCAAGUUGCGACACGCGAUGCAAAACCUCAACCACGCCGCCGUCCUCCGAGAACUGUUAAGAAGCCGGCACCUACACAGGCGAACACAGAAGUCAUGGCCAAGCUGAAGGAGCGCAUGGAAGAGGAACGCAGAGCCACGAAGGCUGGACAUGUACUACAAUCUGCAACGGAGACCAAGUCGCAACAGGCCGAACGAGAUGCUGCAUUGGUGCCUGCUGGCCCUGCUCCACGAUCGCCUUCACCAGCCAGACAAACUGCCGUACCAGGAACAGCAGUCAAGGCGCCUGGUAAUGUCAUGCGUCCACAGUCUGCUGUCAAGAUGCAGAGUACACCUGGAGCAGAAUCCUCGGUCCUCGCUUUGCAGAACUUCAGACGCCGCGCCCGUCAGCCUAGUUUGCUGCAGAUGGUCCAGAAUCCUGGACUUGCUGCUACGAACAUCGACGACACAACAGACUUCACUCUGGGCAGUCUAGGCGAUGAAGAUGAUUUCGCCCCGCAUGAUGAAGGUACGCCUCUGCAGGUUUCCAAGGGUCAACCGAUGGAUGUGGAUCAAGAGCCGGAAGAGAAUGAGGCAGAGGAUGAGGUCAUGGCAGAGCAGGAGAAGGCGCGAACACCAGAGCCAGCUUUGCCCGACUCUGAUGAAGAUUUGUAUGGUGCCACGCCAGUAAAAACAUCACAACGGCAGAGUCGCAAGCGCAAAUCAGAUGCCAUCGAAGAGUCCGAAAUUCAGAUCAACCGCUCAUCCCCUUCACUACCCUCGCCCUCCCAGUCUCUGCCCGACCCGCAAGACCGAGAUGCCAUCCCAGCGACAGCACCCGAAGACGACGACGAGGAACCUACAAUAUCCGCCUCACAACAACGCAGGCUAUUCAGCGAUACAUACGCAGAUCCCAUGAGCAGCUCGCCACCACCCGACCCCAUCAGUUCCUCUCCCGCUCAAACUCGUCAAGCCCCGGCCCUCUCUCCCUCAGCCAUACGUAGAUCCGCCCGAGCCGGCGGCCAACAAACCAAGAAAGUGAAGCCCUUGACAACAGCAACACUACGAGCCAUGCUACCGAAACGUCGCAAUCAACGAAAAGACGAAUUCGACUUUACUUCCUCAUCAGCCCAGGAAGCUUCCUCCUCAGCGUUUGAAGACGAGAAGCGCAAAAAGGCAAAGACGAAAAGACUCGCUGCAACCAAGAAACCCGCACCCGCGCCUUUGAAGUCGAAGAAGCCAGCAGCGACGGCCAAAAGAACAUCCCGAACGUACACUCGCAACGAUAAAGAGAAUGAUUUUGUUCACAUUUCAUCUGGCUCGUCAAGUCUGUCCGAACUCAAUAGCGAUGAGGUCGAGGCUGAUGAGACUGCGGACACGAGUAUAGAGACUAUCAAGGGAAACAACUCGACCGAGAAGAUCUCUGAUGAGUUGAAGAGAGCGAGGGAGAAGUUUGCUGAGGUCGAUGACUGGGAGAUGGAGUUCGAGAGUGCGAGUUUGGGGCAGCAGGAGAGUAGUCCGUGGAGGUAA